AUGGUGACAUCGCCCUACUCGCUGUUGACACUGGCAGUCUUGAUACCUCUCGCGGCGGCCAGUGCAGACCACACCGCCCUUCAACACUUGGAUGCAGGCAACAGCACGGAGGUUGUUGUGCCAAAGCUGUCUCACGGCCCCGUUUUCCUGAAGCUGAAGAGUGCGGAGACGGCAGGCAGCCAGAAAGGUGAUCCAGAUUGCUACUACAUCAUGGGCUUGAGCAAGUUCUCUUGGGCCUUUAUCUGCGAUCUCCUCGCCCUGGUGGUGAUCCUACUGUGCAUACCGCUCCUCUUGUCCUGCUCCAAACGGAGACCUUUGGGGGCGUCGAUGUUCGAGUUCAAGCUCUUUGGCGACGAGCCCAACCCGAUGGGUAUCGCCCGCUUGGCGUUGCUACUGGUGCCUCUGGCAGUCCAUGCCGCCAGCCCUGUGGGUAAGGUGAUUACCUUGCUAGAGAACAUGGAAGUCAACAUCGCCGAUGAGGGCAAGGCGGAGAAGGAAAAGAUGGCCAAAUACUCUGCCAUGUGCGAGAAGAGGACUGCAGAACUUAAGUAUCAGAUCAAGACGGCCCAGACGGAUGUGGAUGAGCUGAGUGCACGCAUCAGCAAGGCUGACAGCAAAGCAGAGGCAGCCACUUCCAGCAUCCAGGAGAAGCAAGUGAGCAUUGCCACGGAUCAAGGAGACUUGAAGGCCGCCGGCGAGGUCCGGCAGAAGGAGAGGGCUGAGUUUACGCAAGCGCAGAAAGAGCUUCUGGAGGUCAAUUCUGCUGUGGAGCGGGCCAUGUCCACGCUGGAGAAGGAAGAGAGCAAGAGCAGCGCUCUUUUCCAAGUCAAGAGCAAGGGAGUUGGAAGCCUCAUCCAGGCCGUUCAGGCCAUGUUGGAUGCUUCCAUGAUCGGGCACGAGGAUGCAAAGACAUUAACAUCCUUGGUGCAGGACUCAGACCUGCAGCCAGACGUCGCGGCCUACAAAAGCAAGAGUGGCGGGAUUAUGGAGAUGUUGGAGGACAUGAUGGACAAGUCCAAGGAAGAGCUGCAGAAGCUCGGAAGGAAGGAGACUGAAGCAAAGCACAGCUAUGAGAUGCUCACGCAGUCCUUGCAGGACCAAGUGAGCUUUGCAGAGCAGGAGGUGAUGAAAACACAAAAGAUUCAGGCCGAGCAGUCGAGGGUUAAGGCUGAGGCUGAAAAGGACUUGGAGCAAACCAAGACCUCGCUCGCAGAGAAUGAAAAGACCUUGAGUGACUUCACCUUGAACUGCAAGUCCGAGGCAGCUGACUAUGAAGAAGGAGUGAAGAGCCGCUCUUUGGAGCUUCAGGCCUUGAAAGCGGCCAAAGGCGCCUUGAAGGAGUCCUCAGGCUUGUCGCUUCUUCAGCUGGAUCAGCACCACAGGUCGGUGAUCCAAUCGACCGAGGACUUGAAGCACUUUGAGGUGGUCCGCAUGGUGAGGACCUUGGGACAGAAGAUGGAGGAUCGACAGCUGGUCUUGCUGUCCAGGCGCAUGGAUUCCAUGCUGCGCAGUGAGGCCGGCUCUGGGGCUGACAUUUUUGCCAAGAUCAAGACGAUGAUCAAUGACAUGAUCACCUCCAUGCAGGAAAAUCUCCAGGCUGAAGCCACCAAGAAGCAAUACUGCGAUGCUGAGAUGGGUAAGGCCAAGGACAAGAAGGCCACCAAGGAGUCUGACUUGGACACUGUCAGCACUCGGCUGGAUGCGGCCGCCUCGAAGUCCGCGAGCCUGAAGAAGCAGGUAGCAGCCCUCAAGUCCCAGCUCGCCGUCCUGGCCGAGACCCAGGCUAACAUGACCCAGCUUCGGCAAGAAGAGAAGGAACUGUUUGCCAAGAAGGAACCGGAGACUGAGACGGGCAUGGAAGGUGUGAAAUCCGCUCUCAGGACACUGCGUGACUUCUACCGCUCCUCCGGGUUGGAGGUCACCAGUGGCGAGCGGAAGGGCACCGCAGGAGGUGUGAUCGGCCGCUUGGAGGAUGUGGAGGCCGACAUGGCCAUGAGCUUGUCCCAGAUGCGCUCGGCGGAGAAGAGCGCGGAGACCAAUUUCGAGAAGGACAUGCAGGAUAUGAAGUUGGAGAAAGUCCAGAAGGAGAAGGACAUCAGCUACAAGAGCUCCGAAGCGCAGAGGUUGGACUCUGAGCUGAACAGUCUCAAUUCUGACCAAGAGAGCCUGCAGACAGAGAUGGGCGCUCUAAUGGACUUCCUGAAGAGCUUGGAGGCUGAAUGCCUGGUGACCCCCGAGUCCUUCGCUGAGAAGCAGGCGAAGAAGCAGCAGGAGAUUGCUGGGUGCGUGCCUGAGAAACGCCAGGACGCUGCUCAAGGAGGCUUUGAGCGCAUUGGACGCUACGGCGGAGACAUCCGCCUUGCUCCAGCGGCACGAGCGUGUGCGGAGGGCCAGUGCCAAGAGCGGUGCCUCGCUGCGGGGCACCGCCCUGGCUCCAUGAGGGCAAGCUAUGCAGCUCGCUCGGUGAAUUCCGCCUCCUGGGCCGCUGCUCCACGAGCGCGCUGCUUCCGGGCCUUGUCCCAUGGCCUGAGGGGCCUUGCGCGGGCACAGGUCAUCGUGGACGCCGGGCUGCCUGCAGAGGUGGAUGUGGUGUCACUGGUGAGGCGCAUCGCGUUGACCCUGGCCUUCCCUGAGACCUUCCGGAAGGCCAUCACCAGCCUUUUCGACAAGCUGGCGGAGCCCAAAGAUGGUGAGCUCCAGCUUCACGUCAAGCACGUGCCAGAGAUCCUGGCGCAUUGGAACAUCCCCGAGGAUCAUAUCUCCAUGUUUUGGGCGCAGCUCCGGAAGCUGGACGCCUACUUUGACGCCAAGGCGUUACCGGAGUGGAUUACCCGGAAGGAUCUGGAGGCAGUCUUCAUCAAAGUGCUACGCCGUGUUCGGGACAAGUACUCCAACAGCAAGGUGACCAAGGAGCAGUUCAUCACGCAGAAUUCCAAGAAGUUCUUGGAGGAGUAUGUGAUGUUGGACUCCUGCGGCAAGGGCUCCUUCGGCGAGUGCUUCUGGGUGACGCACCGGAUUUCCAAGAUGCGACGCGUGUGCAAGAAGCUGCCCAAGGAAGAGACCAAUGUGCCCGCAGAAGAGGUGCAGAUGGAGCUGGAGAUCUUGAAGAAGUUGGAUCAUCCCAAUGUCCUUCGAUGCUUCGAAUGGUUCGAGGAGGAAGCGAGCUUCCUGUUGGUGCUGGAGGCAGCAGAGGGGGGAGACCUCAGGAAGCUCCUCACCAAGCAGCGUCAGGAGCACUUAGAAGAUAAAGAGGCCCACCCCGAGCCUGGGCUCGGAGAACCGUUGACAAGGACCUUGCUGGAACAGGCGUUGCAGGGAUUGGCAUGCUGCCACGCACUGAAUAUAAUGCACCGGGACAUAAAGCCGGCCAACAUGCUCCUCGCCAGCGCCGAUCUCCAGCGGCCACACCUUCUCUUGGCCGACUUUGGCGUGGCAGAGAUCUUCCAGGAGCAGGUCUCCUUCAACGGCUUGGUCCGGGGCACGUUCGCGUACAUGGCACCCGAAGUGCUCGAGAACAAGGCGUGCUCUGCUUCGGAUGUUUGGGCCAUGGGUGUGGUCGCCUACGAGCUGAUCUCGGGGGAACGUCCCUUUGUGGCCGAUGCUCCCCUCGCCAUGUACGCAGCGCUACGGAAUCAGGAGCUGAACAUGGAACCUGUUCGCCGUGCAGAGGCCUCGCCACAAUGCGUGAGCUUCAUUGAGCAGAUUUUGGUAAAAGAUCCAAGUUGCAGGCCGAAAGCCAAGGAACUUCUCAGCGAUGGCUGGUGCUGCGAGGCCAAGCAGGCGACCUUGCAAGGAAGGCACGCGCGAAAGGCCCGCAAAAGCAUCGUGAGCUUCGCGCAGAUGAGCCAUUUCUCCAAGGCUGCUUUGAAUUGCAUGGCGGCGCAAUUGGAUACUCACAAGAUCGAGAACCUGGCGGACGCCUUCGCCUCUCUGGACCUGGACCACGACGGGAAGCUCUCGACUUCGGAGUUCGCCGACGGCUUGGCUGAGAUGGGCGUGGAACUGGAGGUGAUUCAUCAGCUCGUGGGGAGCAUCGAUAUGGACUGCGAUGGGCACAUCAACUACACGGAAUUCGUGGCCAGCUUGUUGCACGUCCAAGGAAAGCUCUUGGACGAAGUGGUCUUUCAUGCCUUUCAGAUCUUCGAUUUGAAUGGCGAUGGCCACAUCUCCUUGGAUGAGCUUCGCAUGAUGCUCUCCGGGCAGGGCCCCCUCUCAGCAGUCCUACCUGAUGGAAAGACGGUGGAACAGGCGCUGAAGGACUUGGACACCUCGGGAGAUGGUGUGGUGUCUUUCGACGAAUUUAAGGCCUACCUGGCACGAGAUGCACACCCAGAAGAAGCCGUGGAGGUGCCGCAGCCCUGGCUGUUGGAGAAGUCUCCCACUCCGGCAGAUUCAUUGAUCGUCGACCUAGAGGCCGUGCCGGAGUCCGAAAGCUUGGAAUCGGUGAUGCAGACCUUGUCGAGCUUGCUUGGUCGACCCGAGGCAGAGCUGAAGAAGGAAGCCUCCCGCUUGAGCCAGGAGCAUUGGAUCAGCCAGGUGGCUGACCUGAAGAAGCUGGAUGAAAGUGAUUGGCCUCGCCUGGGAAUGCCUUUGAAGUUGGAAAAGGUGCUGCGGCAGCACAUCGCUGGAAGUUGA